AUGCCACGGAAAAAAUCAAAUAUCGGAAGAUCAACGAGAAAUACGAAGCAACAGGCAACCAAAAGAACUACAGAAACACCGCAACAACAAACAACACGAUUAGAAUCAAACAGACUUCGAGCUUCGUCUUUGAGAGCUAAUGAAACAGAUAGUGAACGUGUUGUUCGAGUUACAGACCUACGAUCAAGAGCGUCUUCAUCAAGAGCUGCCGAAAAACCUGACGAACGAGCUCAACGUUUGGAUGAUCAAAGAUUAAGACAAAAUCAGUUAAGAACUAAAACCGAUCUUAAUAAAGCAGCUUUUAAUUACGAUAAGAAAUAUGAUUACAAGAUCCAUCCCGAUGUGGUCAUUGGUUCAAUGAAUGUAGUAUGUCCGCAUUGUCGCGCUAAGAAGUUUCAAAAGAAACUGCCGGUUUGUGUUGCUCCAACGGUAAAGUUCAUUUACCACCACUGGUUGAACCACCAGAACCUCUUCUUACCUACGUAUCUGGAACUACUAAGGAUGCAAGGACAAGUAUACCAUCAAAUUGGUUCACUUCUCCCAGUACCUGAAGAAAAUCCCCAAUUUUUGCAAAUUUAUUUCAUGGAUAACGUAGAAAAAGAGAUUGACCGACGAUGCAUGUUCAGUACGACAACUAACCGGGAAAUUAUUACUAAAUUACGGAUUAUGCUUCAUGAAAAUAAUUGUUUGAUUAGAGAUUUUAAAUCUGCAUUAGAAGGUGCGACAACAGAUGAUUUCAGGGUCAUUAUCAGAGCAGAUAAAAAACCUUCAAAUGAGCAUGAAAGACGCUUUAAUGCACCCAUGGCUUCUGAAGUCGCAGCUGUAAUUGUUGGUACAGAAAUUACUAAAAGAGAUAUUGUUAUCACUAAGCGAGAUCAAACCAAGCAACGUGUCGCUGAAACACACCGAUCGUAUGACGCCCUUCAAUAUCCAAUUCUGUUUCCGCGAGCAGAAGAUGGAUAUCAUCUCGAACUAUAUCAAACUAAUCCCACGACAAGCGCUGUGACAUUGAAGAGAGUUAGUUGUAUGGAUUUUUAUGCGUAUCGUAUCAUGAUAAGAGAUAAUCAAUCUAACCAUAUUCUUAAGUGUCGUCAACUGUUUCAACAAUUUAUUGUUGACAUGUACGCUAAGGUUGAAAGCGAACGACUAAACUUUAUUCGAUACAAUCAAUCGAAACUCCGAGCCGAAGAAUAUAUUCAUUUGCGAGAUACAAUAUCGAAUGAUAAAGAAGCUGCAAAUAUUGGACAAAGAGUAAUACUUCCAUCUACGUAUACUGGAAGUCCAAGACAUAUGCAGGAAUAUGCUCAGGAUGCUUUGACGUAUGUUCGAAAAUAUGGACGUCCAGAUCUUUUCAUUACCUUCACAUGUAAUCCAGCUUGGGAAGAAAUUAAAGAUUUACUUCUGCCUGGGCAGCAAUCAUCGGAUCGACAUGACCUUAUAGCAAGAGUUUUUAAACAAAAAUUGAUAAGUUUAAUAAGCCUCAUCACCAAGAAGCAUAUAUACGGAGAAACUCGCUGUUGGAUGUAUUCCAUUGAAUGGCAAAAGAGAGGUUUACCGCAUGCUCAUAUCUUAAUUUGGUUGGUUGAAAAAAUUGUUCCUUCUCAAAUUGACAAUAUUAUUAGUGCUGAGCUACCCGACCAAAAAGAAGAUCCAGAAUUGUUUGAAAUUAUAAAAAAAAAUAUGAUUCAUGGACCAUGUGGUUCAUAUAAUCCAGACUCACCCUGUAUGAAAGAUGGAAAAUGCACCAAAGGUUACCCCCGUCAGUUCUUGAAAGAAACACAAACUGGAGGUGAUGGUUAUCCGCUGUAUAGACGACGAAUGCCAGUUGAUGGAGGACACACAACAACUAUCAAUGUUAAAAAUGUACCUGUCAAAAUUGAUAACAAAUGGAUUGUGCCUUAUACUCCAAUACUUUCGAAAUCAUUCAAUGCGCAUAUCAAUGUAGAGGUCUGUAAUUCCGUAAAAUCUAUCAAAUAUAUAUGUAAAUAUGUAAAUAAAAGCAGCGAUAUGGCAGUUUUCGGACUCGAGAAUUCAAGCGUGCCUAUUAAUGAAGUCGAUCAGUUUCAAAUGGGACGUUAUAUAAGCAGUAACGAAGCUGUAUGGCGAAUUUUAGGUUUUGAUAUUCAUGAAAGAUUUCCUACUGUUACUCAUCUUAGUGUCCAUUUAGAGAACGGUCAACGAAUUUAUUUCACGGAAGAAAAUGCUUUUCAGAAAGCUAUGGAUCCACCAAAUACAACAUUAACAGCUUUUUUCCAGUUAUGUACAACAGAUGAGUUCGCAAAAACAUUAUUAUAUAAUGAAGUUCCACAAUAUUAUACUUGGAAUCAAUCUAAAAAACAAUUUUGCAGAAGAAAACGAGGUACAAAACAUCCUUCGGUAGCUGGCAUAUUUUCUACUGGUGCUCUGGGAAGAGUAUACACUGUGCAUCCUAAUAAUAGUGAAUGCUAUUAUUUACGAAUGCUGCUUCACGUGAUUAAAGGUCCAACAUCAUUUAAAGCAAUCAAAACCAUCGAUGGCCAAGAGUGUCAAACUUAUAGAGAAGCGUGCUUUAAACUUGGUAUGCUCGAGCAUGAUGAACAUUGGAACAACACAUUGACCGAAGCAUCUGAAACACGUCAUCCUCACCAAAUCAGAGCUCUAUUUGCUAUAAUUUUAACAACCUGUGUACCUUCUGAUCCAAAAUAUUUAUGGGAAAAACAUAAAGAGAGUAUGAGCGAAGACAUAUUGCUGCGAGAACGUCAAGACAAUCCUAACCUGGAUGUACAAACUGAUGUUGUUGAUAGAGAUGUAUUAAGAGAAAAGCAAUAUGACCUCGAAGUUUUGCAAAACUAUGUUGAAACUCACAAAAAACUCUUGACAAAUGAUCAAAGACUAGCGUUUAACUUGGUUAUGGAGUAUAUACAGAAAGGAAAUGGUGGACUUCUUUUUCUUGAUGCACCAGGAGGUACCGGAAAAACAUUUCUGCUUAAUUUGAUACUAGCAGAAGUUCGAAGAAAACAUGAAAUUGCUGUGGGUGUAGCAUCAUCGGGGAUCGCAGCUACAUUACUCGAUGGAGGACGCACGGCACAUUCAGCUUUUAAGUUACCACUGAAUUUAAAUGUAGCUGAAAGCCCUGUUUGUAACAUUGGAAAAUCAUCUGGAAUGGCAACUGUAUUAAAGAAAUGUCAACUCAUUAUUUGGGAUGAAUGCACUAUGUCUCAUAAAAAAGGGCUCGAAGCACUUGAUCGGACUCUACGAGAUUUCCGAAACGAUCAACGAAUAAUGGGUGGAGCUGUGAUACUACUUGCUGGUGAUUUCCGUCAAACUUUACCGGUGAUUCAGCGAUCAACACCAGCAGAUGAGCUGAAUGCAUGCCUUAAGUAUUCGUAUCUUUGGAAAUACGUCAAAAAAAUUACACUAUCGACUAAUAUGCGUGUGCAUUUACUUAAAGAUGAUUCUGCAAAAACAUUUGCUCAGCAACUUUUAGAUAUGGGCGAUGGUAAAAUUCCAGUUGAUCCUUCAACACAGGAAAUAUCAUUCCCACAGAAUUUCUGUCAACUUCAGUCAUCAAUAGAAGAUCUUGACAAUAAAGUUUUUCCUAACAUCGCCAGCAACUUUAAGAAUCAUGAUUGGCUUUGUGAGCGUGCUAUCCUAGCUCCUAAGAAUGAUGAUGUAAAUAAAAUAAAUGAUAGGAUACAAUUAAAGAUUCCUGGAACUUUUACGGAAUAUAAAUCUAUUGACACAGUUACAGAAGAAAAUGAUGCUAUAAACUAUCCAGUCGAAUUUCUUAACUCUUUAGAGCCACCUGGAAUGCCUUCACACAAGCUGACGUUGAAAAUUGGAUCUCCAAUACUACUUCUUAGAAAUUUAAAUACGCCAAAAUUAUGUAACGGAACUAGACUUUCCAUUAAAAAACUUAUGCCUAAUGUGAUUGAAGCUACAAUAAUAGUCGGAAAAUAUAAAGGAGAAGAUGUUCUGAUUCCACGUAUUCCUAUUAUUCCUAGCGAUUUACCAUUCACAUUUAAACGAUUACAGUUUCCGAUUCGCCUUGCUUUUGCGAUGACGAUUAACAAAGCUCAAGGUCAGUCGCUACAAGUUACGGGAUUAAAUUUAUCAAGUGCAUGUUUUUCACAUGGCCAGCUUUAUGUUGCUUGCUCAAGAUUAGGAAAUCCAAAAUUUUUGUACAUUUAUACGCCAAAUAAGAAAACAAAAAAUAUUGUCUAUCCGCUGGCCUUGAGAUGA